AUGGCAGAUAACAACUCAUUGGUUGGAGGUGGUUUCUCACUGCGGCAGAUCAAUGACCGGGUUAUUAUUGUGCAGAUCCUGGUGAUGAUUUUUCUCUGCAUCAACCUGUUGCUCAUCAUAACCUUUUUCAAAAAGGAGUGCUUCUACACAACUGCUCGCUACAUCUUAUUUGCUGUUACUCUACUGUCCGAUAGCUUGCUAUUGUUCAUGUCUGAUAUCCUCUUCAUCUUUGCCUAUUUUCACUUUACCCUGCAAGUGUGGUUGUGUAUCAAUAUCUCUGUUGUGGUGCUUCUGUAUGUUACAGUCACACCAGUUACUCUGACAGCAAUGACCCUGGAGCGUCACGUGGCUAUUUGUAUGCCCCUGCGCCAUGGAGAGCUGAGCUCAACACGCAGCACUAUGCACUGUAUCCUCAUCAUCCAUGGCCUCAGCUCUGUGCCCUGCAUUGUUGUUCUCUUACCCUUCUUUGCAUCAGCUCCUUUUAGCUUUUACAAGCAUUACAGAAUAUGUUCUGUGGAGAUGUUCAUUUUGUACAGAUGGCAGGAUCAUAUUAGGUCAGCUGUGCAUCAGUUUUACUUCUUGAUAAUGUGCAUCAUCAUUGUUUUCUCCUAUGUUAAAAUAAUGAAAGUGGCCAAAGCUGCAUCAGGAGAUGAUAAAAAGUCAACAAGGAAAGGGCUGAGAACAGUGGCUCUUCAUGGUUUUCAGCUGCUGCUAUGUCUUAUGCAGCUGUGGGGCCCAUUUAUAGAAACUGCUGUACUUCAAAUGAAUUUCAGGUUAUUCAUUAAUGUCAGGUUUUUUAACUACAUAAUGUUUAAUCUUGCUCCAAGAUGUCUGAGUCCUCUCAUUUAUGGCCUCAGGGAUGAAACAUUUUUUCAUGUACUGAAAAAUGACGUCUUUUGUGGUUUGUUUAAAAGAUAUAUUUGA